GGGCAAACAAAACAUAAAAUCCACCGAAUCUUUGUUGCCCCUCCCUCCCCAUAUCCUCAAGAAGGGGUCUGCCUCACUCACCCGCUUUGUCGAGCUUUUCUCCGUCACAGCCCCCAAGAGAUUUGCGGAAACAGCAUCAGCACCAUGUCUGCCACUAUAACGGAGACGCGCACUACAGCGAUUACGGCCGAGAACAUUCUCCGCCUCUUCCCCGAUAUCGACACUAGCGGGGAGGCGCUCGAGGGCCACGAUGCGGAGCAAAUCCGCUUGAUGGACGAGGUGUGCAUCGUGACGGAUGAGAAUGACAUGCCAAUCGGUACCGCCAGCAAGAAGCUCUGCCACCUCAUGACCAAUAUCAACAAGGGUCUCCUCCACCGCGCCUUUUCGGUCUUCCUGUUCAACGACAAGAACGAGUUGCUCCUGCAGCAGCGUGCGUCGGAAAAGAUCACCUUCCCAGACAUGUGGACAAACACGUGCUGCUCGCAUCCCCUGCACGUGUCCAACGAGACCGGGUCAAACCUCCCCGAUGCCAUCCUCGGCGUCAAGCAUGCCGCGCAGCGAAAGCUGGACCAUGAGCUUGGGAUCAAGAAGGAGCAGGUGCCGCUGGAAAAGUUCCAUUUCUUGACUCGCAUCCACUACAAGGCCCCGAGCGACGGCAAAUGGGGCGAGCAUGAGAUCGAUUACAUCCUCUUCAUCAAGGCCAAUGUCGAUCUCAAGCCCAACGAGAACGAGGUCCAGGCCACUCAAUAUGUCUCUGCCGAAGGCCUGAAGAAGCUGUUCAAGGACCCAAGCCUGAAGUAUACACCCUGGUUCAAGCUCAUCUGCGAGUCAAUGCUGUUUGAGUGGUGGGAGCACCUCGAUUCGGGCCUCGAAAAGUACGAGAACGAGCAGCACAUCCGACGCAUGCUCUGAGGCCUUCGCGUGGUUGAUUCAACAUAGCCAUUGGCAUUAUGAAACGCAAUUCGAGGUGUUGACCUAGACGGGUCUAAUUUUCCCUCUAUUUCUUAUUUCCGUUUAUUUUUGGUUUGUCUUUGGGCUCCGAUGAUAUCCACAUAUUCAGUCUCGUCGAGAGGUAAGCCGCGGCGCAGAGCCCAUUGCUUCCUGUUAUAGCAGCCUGCAUACACCGGGGUUUGGAGAGUUAAUGGUUAGGCACAUCCUCAGUAUAGAGCGGGGAGUUGAUCAAAAGACGCAAUAUCUCUUACAACUCCGACAGGCUACCGCCAGAGAUGUCAGCAAGCAGCGUGAUGUCAUGGUAUGUAAAGAGUUGUGGCAUUUACUGAGCGGAACGCUUUGGGCCCAGAUUGCCGUUUUCACUGCAGUGUCGGACUUCCGAAUCACACAGCAGCAGACGAAUGCGCACAAGGGAUAGGAACUAAUAACAACAUUCUAGCAGG